CCACCCCUAUAGGAGGGUCAACCGCUUUCGUGGGAGGAUUCAGAAGAUGAACAGCUCAAGUGUUUUAGAUCAGACUUUUCACAACUAAAGAAAAUGUUUCACAUGUUUGUUUUGUUCUGUUUGUGUUGGUGGCAUUUGAUUGGUGUGUUUGGUGAAUCAGUUUCAGUGACGGAGGGAGAUUCUGUUACUUUGAAAACUAAUGUUACUGAAGUACAACAAGCUGACGACGUAGUGUGGACAUUUGGAUCAUACAAUUCUUCUAUAGGUAAAAUUAAAAAACAACAUCAAAACUUCUCUACAUAUGAUGUUCCUGACGGGAGAUUCAGAGACAGACUGAAGAUGGACAGACAGACUGGAUCUCUGACCAUCACAAACAUCACAUCUCAACACGCUGGAGUCUAUAUAGUACAGAUGAGUGGAGCUAAAAAGUCGUUUAAAACAUUCAAUGUUUCUGUCUACGCUCGUCUUCCUGUUCCUGUCAUCAGCAGAAACUCUUCACAAUGUUCUUCAUCAUCUACAUCUUCAUCACAGCAGAAUUGUUCAUUGUUGUGUUCAGUGGUGAAUGUGAGUCAUGUGACUCUCUCCUGGUACAAAGGAAACAGUUUAUUGUCCAGCAUCAGUGUGUCUGAUCUCAGCAUCAGUCUCUCUCUACCUCUGGAGGUGGAAUAUCAGGAGAAAAACAGCUACAGCUGUGUGAUCAACAAUCCCAUCACAAACCAGACCACACAUCUGGACAUCAGCAAACUCUGUCACACAUGUUCAGAUCAGGGCUUACCUUUACUGUACAUCGUGCUGAUUUCUGCUGCUGCUGGAUCUCUGAUUGUCGUAGCUGCAGUCUUGUGGUACUGCUUCUGCUGGAAACGUAGGAAAAUAGGUCAGAAAGCCAACGAUAUAUACCAAACACUGCCUAAACCAGAACCUCAAAAAACGAAAUCAACGGAGCCUGUGUAUUCAAAUAUCGGCAGAAAUAAUCAGCAAUGAACAAAUAUAUUUUAGAGCUGAUACGGACCCUUACUCGUACGUUUUAUUUCACAUUUAAUCUCUGCCUGGAUAUUUGUCAUCUAUCUCUGUUUUGGUAUUGCUCUUGUGUCAAAUUAAAUAUUUUAAUGAAUUUUUUCCCCCUUUUUUUUUUUUUGCACAUACACUCUCUCGUCAUGUCUGAAAUGUUGUUGUUCUGUUUUAGUUUAAUUGUGUGCUUAUCAUAGCAUCAGAAAAUCAUGUAAAUAUUUUCUUUUUUAGCUAAUCACCCAUGGAAAUUUAUAACUUUAUUAAAAUUGAUCUUACCUUUAA